UUCGAAGCUUACAUCACAAAAUAAUAAUUCAAAACCAAUGAAGGAACCUCAAUCUACACCACCAUGCAAAUCAAGUUAUAUUUCAAAACCGGUAGUUGGACCGCAACCUACGGCACCAGAAAAACUAAAUGAGAGUCCUAAUCUGGUAAUAGAACCACACCCAACAGUGCCAUGCAAAUCAAUCAAUUAUAUAAAACCAAAUCCAAUAGGACCUCAACCUGUACCACUAUAUGAUAAUACGAAACCGAUGAAGGAACCUCAAUCUACACCACCAUGCAAAUCAACUUAUAUUUCAAAACCGGUAGUUGGACCGCAACCUACGGCACCUGAAAAACCAAAUGAGAGUCCUAAUCUGGUAAUAGAACCACACCCAACAGUGCCAUGCAAAUCAAUCAAUUAUAUAAAACCAAAUCCAAUAGGACCUCAACCGGUACCACUAUAUGAUAAUACGAAACCGAUGAAGGAACCUCAAUCUACACCACCAUGCAAAUCAACUUAUAAUCAAAAACCAGUAGUUGGAACGCAACCUACACUACCGAUUGAUAUACUGAAACCAAUUAAAGAACCACAAUCAACACCACCUUGUAAACCACCUAAUUAUCCAAAACCAGUAAAUGGACUGCAACCUGCACCUAAGAGAAAACUAAUAGCAAUGGAACCACCACCUUCGCCACCAUGCAAAACAAUUAAUAAUCAAAAACCACAAUCUACAUCACGAGGUAGACCAAUAAAUAAACCGAAGACAGACCAAUCUAUGAAUUUUUUUCAACCGAUAAUAAAAUUAGAAGAAUCUUACUCUUCGUUGCCUUUCCGGUUGUUGUCUCAUGCUGUACAUGGAAUAUGAUUGUUACGAUAAUGUUAGAUAAAUAUUGCAGCAAAUAAAAAAUGUAAAAAAAAU